CGGAAGUUAAAAUAAAUCAUCGACCAAUCACGAUUGAGAACAGUCUUCAUACAGGAUGAACUUUGACCUACUUCCAAAAGUCACUCGGAAAAUAGAAAUUUCCACAUAAUUUCCUGUAAUUGAUUCAAGAAUAUGUUUACACGUUCCAAACUAGUCCAAACUGCUAGAUUAUGUGCUAGGCUAGCCAGUGAUACCACAAAUGGGCGGCUAUCAGGGAAAGUGGCAGUCGUAACAGCUUCAACAGAAGGCAUUGGUUAUGCUAUUGCACGACGUCUAGGUCAGGAUGGUGCAAAAGUCAUGAUCUCAAGUAGAAAGCAAAAGAAUGUUGACAGAGCACUUGCUGAACUAAGAUCAGAGAACCUUGAAGUCAGUGGAAUGGUCUGUCAUGCUGGAAAGUCAGAGGACCGUGUCAGUUUAAUAGAAGAAACUGUUAAGCAAUAUGGGGGAUUGGACAUUCUUGUAUCAAACGCAGCUGCAAACCCAAUAUUUGGGCCUAUACUAGAUUCUACCUCAGAACAAGCCUGGGACAAAAUAUUUGACAUUAACGUAAAAGCUGCAUUUUUCUUCGCAAAGGAAGCUGCGCCACAUAUAGAGAAGAGAGGGGGAGGAUCUAUUGUGUUUGUCACCUCCAUUGCAGGAUUUGCACCAUUUGAGCUAUUAGGAGCAUACUCUGUAAGCAAGACAGCCCUACUGGGUUUGACUAAAGCCAUGGUACCACAACUUGCUGGAAUGAACAUCAAUGUAAAUGCAAUAGCCCCUGGGGUCAUCAAAACUGGAUUUAGUGAAACAUUAUGGAAGACUCCAGAGAUAGCAGAGGAGGCCUUGAAGACAAUCCCAUCAGGCAGGUUUGGUGUCCCAGAAGACUGUGCAGGGACUGUGUCCUUCCUUGUUUCUAAAGAUGGACAAUACAUCACGGGAGAGACAGUAGCAAUCACGGGAGGAAUGCAGUCCAGACUUUAACCUGAAGAAAUUAUUUUGGUUAAGUUUAAGUAAUUAAGUAAAUUUAAGUUUCAGUAAAAAAUAAUCAGGUUUGUGCAGGUCAAUGCAUCUUUGAUUGCAGGCCCGUAGCAAGCUUUUGUCAAAAGGGGCUGACUUUUCAAAAAAGUUCAGGGAAGUUCACAUGAAAAUUGCUUAGAAAACUGCAUGAAUUACAAACAUGUAGAUUAAAAACGUGCUGUAUAUGUUUUCCAACACAGUAUUCCGAAUAAUAGGGAUAAAUUUUAUCUAGCUGAUGUAAAUACAUGUAUUUAAUGUAAAUGUGUAUAUAUGCAACCUAAUUUGAUUAAUUGAUUAUAUUUUUUAUAAAUAAACUGAAUCAACAAAACAUUUGUACAUGUACAGUGUAUGUUUAUCCAUCUCAUUAGAGAAUUUUCCAUAAAGUUUUGAUUUUGAAAUCUCUGGGAUUUUAAGAGAUUUGCAUACUGUAGUUGUAGUUUGUAACUGUUUCAAGUCGGUGACAUGUUUUUUU